AUGAAGGACUGCUACUCAUCGAAGAGCGCCUAUGGGGGUGUCAGGAUCGAAAUCGACAAAAUCGAAAAAUUUGUGAUGCAUAAAAUGCGGGGCACGCGAGGCCUGUAUUGGGGAGCAGGCAAAUGAGACCGAUUGUGAGCCUGUUUAGGGGUGGUCGUAUGAAAUGUGUUGCCAGAGUAGCAUGACAGGAGCAGGUGGUCCCGAACAGCAUGACAGACUGGAUUUUGGUGGUUCCGAAAUUUGUCAUGCGCCACUUGGAAACUAAGGCUCCAACUGGCAUCGAUUUUGUGCAUCACAAGUUUUUCGAUUGUGUCGAUUUCGAUUCUGACACUUCCACAGCGCCGGGAGCAGCUUCGGUCUCGUGAAGGGCUUGCAACUGGUGUCUGGGACGCCCGCAACCAAGCGGCCCAGCGGGGACGACGAGACAGUGUUUACGCUGAAGAGGCAAUUCCCGGACCGGGUGUUACCGGAGGAGGAGACGCUGAUGGCAGACGCCGGUACAACCCUGGUGGAAGACGAGUUGCAACUACCCUUCGGAAAGGACGAGAAGCGGCCCGACGAGAUCGCGGCCUGGGCUGCGGGUCCAUCUGCUGAUUAUUCUUACUCCUUGUGGGCGGAACCAAACUACGAGCGGCGCGUGAACCCCAGCGCGAAAAUAUCAAAGUGAAAAACCCCUCCUCCCCAUGUUGAAGCGGGGAUUUCUGUUGCUGAAUUUGUGUACACAAAUCAGCUCUGUCUUGCAGUGAGGCACUGCAGGCAGAGCCGAGGCCUGCGUAGGAGUGUUUUGGUGUAGGUGCUUCGCAUACUGCAGAGGCUUGCCAUGUAGCCGCAACAGCAUUACAAACCGCCUGCAUCAAGAUCCGGCGGAUUCUUUGGCUUUGCCGUCUUGCAUGAGAGACAGGACUUGUGGCCACAAAUCAGCAUCGCAAAUCUAUUUUCGAAGCGUACCUUUUCAGUAUGGGGAGGCGGGGGAAUUUUUCCUCACAAUAGAAAACGGACACGUUGAACGAGCUCCCGAGCAACGCUGCUAUCAAAAGGAAAAAUACCCCCUCCCCAUAUCGAAAAGGAAAUUUGUGAUGCUGGAUUUGCGUACACAAAUCAGAUUUGUCUUGCAGUAGAGGAGUGCAGGCAUGUGCCAACCCUGGGCAGCGAGGUGUUGACAUAGGCGCCUGGCAUUACAAGUGUCCACGCCGUAGGCCCAACAGCAUCACAAAUCGCCUGCAUAAUGCGGCGGAGCCUGUGGAGUUGCCUACUGGCAAGACAGACCCGACUUGUGGUCACAAAUCAGCAUUGCAAAUUUUCUGUGGCUUCCUUUUUGUUAUGGGGAGGGGGGAUUUUUCCUUACGAUAGCUGCACUGUUAUCCUUUGUAAAAACGCGCCCACGACCCCAUAGUCAAGAUGUGAAAUCUGCUAGACAAAUCACCCAGCUUUGCUUGCUGCAGCUGCGCAUGAAAGGUUUGGCCUUGGUGUAGUGUAGUUCUGUUUAGCUAGUAGCUCCAGCAGCAUCACAGAUCUCGCCUAUAAUCAUGCGAGUUCGAGCGUCACAAAUUCCACAACGUGACGAAGAAUGAAACGCGUCUCAUGGGGCUCCGCAUGAGAAAGAUUUUUCCCAUGCAGAUUUGCAUGACAACUUUGGGGUGGGGACGUUUUUGCAUAGGAUGACUGUCCGCUUUGGUGCAUUCCGACACGGGACUACAGGACGAACAGCACCACUGCACGGACUACAGCCUCUUUCUGGGCCACGAGUGGCUCACCGCUACGCAGUAUGAACUGCAAAAGUACCGUACUCGUAUAAAUGCAUUACAAAUUUCCUCAGCAUGAGGAAUGAAAUUUGUAAUGCGGACGAGCCUUAAAAAAAAAUUUGUAAUGCAUGAUUGCAAUACGAGUGCGAUACUUUUGCACAGGAUACGCAGGGCAGGAAAGAGGCGGCGUUCGCCGCCCGCCACACCCUGAAGCGAUCGUACCUAUGAAAUGCAAAAAUGUCUGGGUCUGGGAGAUUGCAAGAUUUGUCAUGCUUGUCUGGCAUGACCAUCAAGCUUGUGAUGCGUGUCCAAGAAGAGACCCUUUUUCCUGUCGUGCAAAAACGCAGUUUGUCAUGCGAAAAUCGCAACACAAAGAAGCGCAGAUAUUUCUCAUGCUUGGCUGUGCAUUACAGAGCAUUCACUAUUCCCAGCGCAGCAUUACAAGUUUCCAGACCCAGACAUUUUUGCAUUUGAUAGCACCAGGUCCUGAGCAACUACAAGAUCAACCCCCACUAUCCGGGAAAAAAAGUGUGUAAGUCUAAGUGUAACCCUAACCUUCUUGGAGGAACAGCAUCACAAAUUUGCUCUGUAUGACAGAGAAAUAGACCUCUCAUGCGUAGCUAGUAUCAGUGAAAACACUUAAGUACUACGAGAAGAACCUCUGAUGCAUGUCCAGCAUGACAAGUGUACGCAUCUACUUGCAUCCCCUGCAACACAAAUUUUUAAUACACUUACGCCGUUUUUUUCUUGCAUACCCACCGGGCCGACUUUCUGCAGACCCCGGACGGGGUGCACCGGGAUUUCCUGAAUGAGGCGAUCAACUUCUGUUACUAUUCCGAAAGCUCAGCCAGCUACCCCUUUUGGGAGUGGAAAAGCUACGACGGCUUCCCGGUGCCCCUCACCAAACUGCGCGUUUGGAACACCAACCAGGCGGGGGAUCGAGACUUUCUGAAGCCGUUUUACCUAUUAACUGCAAAUAUGUCUAUGGGUCUGGAAACUUGUGAUGCUGGUUGGCGAAUCCUGACGACGCCAUAAGUGACGGCUCAGCAUGACAAGUUUCUGACUUGCUAGGUGUUGGGUAUAAUUCUGCAUGACAAACCGCCUUUCGGCAUGACAGAAAAGUGGGACUACUUUUGGGCAACGAGCAUGACAGACCUUGGAGUCAUGCUACCGGAGCAUGACAGACCUUCCAUUCUUCCAGAUGACCCAGACAUUUUUGCAAUCCAUAUUACCUCCUGAUUGACAACGGAAUCUUCUUGGGGAGUUUUGACCCAAGCAGCGCGCUAUCAAAUGUAAAAAUGUCUGGGUCUGGGAAAAUGCAACUUGUGAUGCUGCAUUUGGAUUCCAGAAAAAUCUGUAUUGCAUGAGUACCAAAAGGAAUGCAAUUUUUGCUACGCGGAGAGGGCAUUUGUCAUGCGGAAUAGGCAUCAAGAAGCUCUCAAAAAAUCUGUGAUGCUAGGGCAUGCAUCACAGACAUCAGGGCUCGUGCAAAACGUGCAUGACAAGUGUCAGAACCUUCCAGACCCAGACAUUUUUACAGUUGAUAUCGGGACGGCCGUUGCCAAUCGCAACGUGGCGGAAGCAGGGGCUGAACUGUCGACGUGUAUCAAAUGCAAAUAUGUCUGGGUCUGGAAGAAUCCAACUUGUCAUGGAUUCUAAAAAAAUUAGUGUUGCAUGACCAGCAAGAAAGGUCCAGUUUGUGCUACGCGGAGAGGGCAUUUGUCAUGCGUAAUUAGCAUCAAGAAGCUCUCAAAAAAUCUGUGAUGCUAGCACCAGCAUCACAGACCUCACGGGUCAUGCAAAAUCUGCAUGACAAGCCCCGACUCUUCCAGACCCAGACGUUUUUGCAUUUGAUAACCUGCUCGUGGGUGCGAUCCAAGGCUGCGAGGCGCGCCACGAACCCCGAGAUUGUGUACCAGGUCGAUAUAGUUCUUGCCGAACAGGACUGCGGCGUGCACAGUGCAGGGUGAGCCUGAGCACAUCGGAGCAGAUGAUGGCAAUACCCAAAAAAAACCACGAGCAUUCUUGUUGCCAUGGAAAACCAAGUAGUAGUCAGUAUGGAAGUCUGCCUGCCCAGGCGUAUGCGUAUCCGGAAC